AAUUGGAAAUAAUUAGCUUGUUGUGGCAACAUUAUCAACGGUGGGUCAACCAUCCCACUAACCUCACAAAAGGAGCCAUAUCCAAAUGAUAUCUCAUAAUAUCUCUCUCUCUUUCCUUCUAAAUCUCCCACUCCCCACCACCACACACUUUCCCUUCCAAAACAGUUAAACAACAACCCUUCAUAUGGCCGCGGCCGCCGCCACCACCACCGCCACAGCCGCAACUGAACCAACAUGGCCAGAACUGCUAGGCAGCAACAACUGGGAAACCCUCCUAGACCCACUAAACCUCCACCUCCGCAACCUCAUCCUCCGGUGCGGCGACCUCAUCCAAGCCACCUACGACGCCUUCAACAACGACCAAAACUCCCUCUACUGCGGCUACAGCCGCUAUGGCAAAUCCUCAUUCUUCAACAAGGUCAUGUUCUACCCCAACCCUGAACACUUCACUGUCCCUUCCUUCCUCUACGCCACCGCACGUGUCAGCGUCCCUGAAGGUUUCAUCCUCCACUCCUUGUCACGUGAGAAGCGGGACCGCGAGUCCAACUGGAUCGGCUACAUCGCCGUCACCUCCGAUGGCCGCGCUAAGGAGCUGGGCCGCCGUGAGAUCUACGUUGUGUGGCGCGGCACCACCAGGGACUUGGAGUGGAUCAACGUGCUUGGGGCUGCUCCUCAGUCUGCUACCGGCUUGUUGAGUGCUGAAAGUCUCGGCCAGUUGAAAAACGACGGUAGCAGCAGUAGCAGUGACGAAGAUGACGAACAUACACCGAAAGUGAUGAGGGGUUGGCUCACAAUCUACACCUCAGAUGACCCAGACUCUCCUUUCACAAAAAACAGUGCUAGAACGCAGGUUUUGACCAAGGUCAAAGAGUUAUUACACCUUUACAAGGAUGAAAACCCGAGCGUAGUGUUGGUGGGACACAGCCUCGGUGCAAGCUUAUCGAUUGUAAGCGCUUUCGAUUUGGUGGAGAACGGAGUCACAAACGUGCCAGUUGCCGCUUUCGUGUUCGGGUCCCCCCAAGUAGGAAACAAGGCCUUUAACGAGAGGUUCAAAAAGUUUCCUAACCUAAAGGUUUUGCACGUGAGGAAUGUGAUUGAUCUCAUAACUCGUUAUCCGGGGAGAUUGUUGGGAUAUGAGAACACGGGCGUGGAGUUAGUGAUUGAUACGCGAAAGUCACCGAGCUUGAAGGACUCAAAGACCCCGGGUGAUUGGCAUAACUUGCAGGCCAUGUUGCAUGUGGUGGCAGGGUGGAACGGGAAGAAAGGGGGGUUUGAGAUGAAGGUGAAGAGGAGCUUGGCGUUGGUGAACAAGUCGUGUGAAUUCUUAAAGGAUGAGUAUCAUGUGCCCGGGUCGUGGUGGGUGGAGAAGAACAAAAGUAUGGUGCGUAAGGAAGAUGGAGAGUGGGUUAUGGGUGCAGCUGAUGAGGAGGAUAUUCCAGUGCCUGAAGAUUGAGUGCAUGUUUGAAAAUUCUGUAAAUUCACUUGUUGGGGAGAAGUGAUUUCAAAGAAACUAGCUUUUGUAAAGGAUGAAGUUAUUAUGAUAGAAUUGUAAGUGGAUUUCGAAUAUAAUGUGAUUGCCUAAGGAAACCAUCAAUGGCUACCAUUCUAUAUAAUAGUCCUCUUUUGUGGA